AUGACGUUUGCAACUGUCAGCAACCGGCAACCAGCGAGUUGGCGUACUGCGCGGUAUGAAGCAAACAAACGCAAGCAAAAUGAUCAUAUAGAAGUGGAUGAGGUAUCCACCGCAAGCACCAGCGAUGAUGACGCCGGUGUAGCCAGCAAUCCCCAAAACAGUGCAGAUGAUGGGAAAGGUACCCGCUCCUGUCCGAAGUCACCGAUAGUUUUGUCACCAAAUGAGGCACACCAAUAUCGGGUUGCUGGCCUGCCAUUUCAUAGAGCACUCCCAGGUGGAAGCUUUCCCCAUUCGAGACCUGGACCAAGCAAGAGCAAGCCUUCCAGGAUCAGCCAAAGGGAGAUCGAGAGGGAGCUGUCUCAGCUAUCACCACCAAUCUUCAUUCCCAGUUCUACAGAUCAGAACAACAGUCUACGACUGCUGCACCUGAAUGUAAUUACAACAAUACUCCAUCGAUGUCUGCUAGAAGGCGAUUACGCGCGGGCUGGGAGAGCAUGGGGCUUGAUCCUACGUGAUGAAUUCGGGGGUCAUGGCAUGGAUGUCCGAAGCAGUGGACGGUGGGGGAUUGGUGCGGAAAUCCUGCUAUGGAGUGAUCGCAACCCGAUAGCGGAGUCGUCAGCAUCAUUACGGACUGGAAAUGCUGACAGCGCGAACUUCCUACCCCGAAGACAGUGGUUUACCCGCAGAGGAUUUGAGCGCGCCAAGAGCUACUACGAGCGCCUCAUACUCCAGUUUCCAUACCGUAAAGCCGCACCGACAGCAUUGAGUCCACUGGACUUCUAUCCCGCGAUGUUCGGGCUUUGGAUUUCGCUCGUGCAAAAAGAAAGCCAGUCGGCGCGAGACGCGGUCGUGAUGGACAUGCAGGGCAUGGCAGAAACGUACGACUUUGACAACCCGGCUCGGGAUGAUAAUAUGUCUAUAUCCGGUGCCAUAUCCCAACAGCCCGACAGUAGAAAUAAUCGAAAAGAAGAUACAAUUGUUGAAGCCCGUCGUAGGGAACUCGAGGAAGCCCAACAAAUAGCAGCGCAGAUGGAUGAGUUAUUGAUUUCCCCGCCGUUUUCGGAUAGCUACGAGCUCCUGCGGUUACGGGGAAUGUUGUCCUUGUGGAUCGCGGAUUUGUUUGUAUUAUCCGUCUUCCCAGAGAAUGACGAUAUGAGCAAUGUCCCGUGUAUGAGGGACUUUGAUGGUGAUCAGACCAUGUUUUCUGAUGAUGAUGCUGGCUACACGGACUCGGUGCUUGCGCGUAUGGAGCAAGGGUCGGGAAUGCACAAGAAGAUGGCAGAAGUGGAGAAGGCCAAUGUAUUUUUCGAAAAGGCAAAGGCCACAAAGGCCAAAGCGAGCAGGAAGCAGACGUCAUUGCCUCCCGAUGAGGUAGAUGAAGAUGAUUCUGUUAUCUAA